AUGCAAUCAAUCAAACAAGGACGUCUGGCGGAUGUUGUGCGCAUGCUAGGGAAAGGAACAAGCGCCCACGACUUCGGAGAUUUCGGAGAUGCGUUUGUCCGCCCCAUCGCGGUCGCUACGGGUUACGGCCACAUCGAUAUCAUCAAGGCUCUCAUCGCAAGGGGAGCAGAUGCCGAGGCUACUUGUUGCAGCAACAUGGGUGGAGCGUGGAAAGGGAAUCCCGCGUCGCUCCACGGCUGCAAAGCGUUGCACAUCGCGGCCGCCGUUGGCAAUGCGGAAGCAUGCUGGUGUUGCUACAACUAG